AUGGGUCUGCUUAUCGCGCCUUACAACAGCGCCAUGCGGCUAGGCCAGGGCUUCAAUUCUUACACCCAGAAGAUCUGCAUCGACGACGCUGUUAUUAUUGAUCCUGGCAGGCGACUCAAUGUUCUCACCAACGAUGGAUCCACCAUAGUGGACCUCAGAGAGGGCAUGAAAGGUGGUUCAUCCAAUGAUGAGUCGAAACCGAAGGCGCUGGCUGAGUCGACUGAGAAACCACUUCUAACCCCCAACAGGGAUGGUGACUCGGCUCCGGAGACGCGACAGGCGCAAAAAAGCCGGUGCUGGUUGAUGUUGCUCAGAAUAAAGCCUGCCAUGCCCCCAGUCGACAAUGACUUGAAAGCCGAGGCGCCGCAAAAAGUCACAUCCGCCGCUAGCAACGGUCCAGGAGAGGUGUAG